AUGCCUCCACGACUACCGACCAGAGCAUUGACAGCGCUGCCCUUCUCCCAGCAGGCAGUGGCAAGUUCAUCUACACUCCCUCCUCCACCACCUGUCAAUGGUAAAACACAACAUCGAAGAACGGCUAGUCCGAGAUCAUCACCGUCGCAGUGUUUCAGUACUAUCAGAGGUAGAUCGCCUGGUCAAGCGGAGAGAAGGAGAUCAUUCCAUUCGACAGCUGUUCAUCGAGCAUCUGCCAAAAACCCUUAUGAUGUAUUGGGAGUGAAGAAAGAUGCCAGUGCUUCUGAGAUCAAGAAAUCAUACUAUCAGCUCGCAAAAAAAUGGCAUCCCGAUUCAAGUAAAGAGGAAGGAGCUAAAGAAAAAUUUCACGAGAUUCAAGCUGCAUACGAUAUCCUAUCCGACGAUAGCAAACGACAAGCAUACGACCGUUAUGGUUCCGCCUCAACCCAGGAAGGGUUCGAUCCCAACGGCUUCGCAAGCGGUGCAGGUGGUUUUGGUGGGUUCCAGGGAUUCGGCGGCUUUGGUGGUGGUCCAGGUGGGAAUGCCGGAGAUCUAUUCGAACAAUUAUUUGGAUCCGCUUUCGGUGCUGGUGCUCGUCAGGGAGGACCUGGUGGACCAUUCGGUGGUGCAGGUGGAGCGAGAUCUAGGCCAGUCAGAGGUGAUGAUCUAGAAGCAGGUGUGAGCCUAUCAUUUUUAGAAGCUUGUAAUGGAUCCAGCAAAAAAAUCACAAUCACUCCUGUGGUAGAUUGUAAACCUUGUUCAGGGAGUGGAUUGAAACCCGGCGAGAAGAAGAAACAAUGUAGUACCUGUCGAGGAACUGGACAACAGACUUUCCAAGUUCAAGGAAUGUACAUGGCAUCUACAUGUCAGGCUUGUGGAGGUGCUGGGGAGACUAUCCCCAAAUCAUCGAGGUGUGGUGAAUGUGAUGGUGUAGGUAAAAUAAAGGAAAAGAAAGUGGUAGAUGUAGAAAUUCCAGCGGGUGUAGAAGAUGGAAUGAUGAUUCGUAUACCCGCUCAGGGUGAUAUGCCUCUAUCUUCUGCUGGUGGUCCACCAGGAGAUUUACUCGUCAGAGUAUCGGUCAAACCUUCAAGUGUAUUCAGAAGACAGGGAACGAACCUAUACCACGAUGCGAAAGUACCACUACACGUUGCGCUGUUAGGUGGAAUCAUCAGGAUACCGACAUUGGAAGGUGACGUCGACGUGAAAGUGAAGGGAGGAACGCAAAAUGGUGAAGAAGCUGUGUUGAGGGGUAGAGGUGUCAAGUCGGUAUAUGCGGGUAGAAGGAAUGAUAGAGGUGAUUUGAUCGUUGGAUGGAAAAUCCAGAUACCAAGAUCACUCACACCGAACCAAAAGAAGAUCUUACAAGCCUACGCUGACGAUGUGGAAGGUCGACCGUCAAAUAUAUCAUUCACAACUGCAACAAAUGGUGAGGCUUCAUCCACUUAUAGUCCAAAUCACAACUUCGAACGAGAAAGACCUUCCUAUCGUCCAACCACCCAGGAGUCUUCCGCACCGAAGAACGACCCAAUAGAUCCCGAGCAAUCUGGACAAUUUGGAUCUUCUGAUUCUUCGAUCGGUGGGAAGGUAGCUUCUGCAGUAGGAGGGGCGAUAGGCUGGCUCGAAAGAGUCUUGGGAAGGCGGUGA